GUCACUCAAGUCGCUACCGAGCCAAGCUUCGUGAUUUCGUUGAUUUCUUUAUUGUUUUAGCUUUUCAGCACCGGUAUUGGCAUUUAUCGCUUGUAAUAAGUAACUUCGCCCUUUUCAACAGAACGGACAAUUCAUAUUAAUCAAAGUUACUAGACAAACCUAACAAAAUUGCUUCCACAAUGACAGUGACGCGGGUCGCGGAAUCCCGCACCGAAUUUAAAUUGAAAAGUCUACCUGAAGACGUGAUAUCGAGCGUUAAAUUUGCCCCUAAGUCCAACCAGUUCCUUUUGGUGUCAUCAUGGGACUGUUCCGUGAGGCUGUACGAUGUUAGCGGGAAUGUUGAGCGGCAUAAAUACAGCCAUGAGCUUCCCGUUUUGGACGUCUGCUUUAGGGAUGCUGUCCACUCAUACAGUGGAGGGCUUGACCAGACACUCAAGAUGUAUGAUCUCAAUGCAGGCUCAGAAACAAGCCUCGGUGAGCACAAGGGUGCUAUCCGCUGUGUGGAGUAUGCUAAUGAAGUCAAUGCUGUUUUGACGGGCAGUUGGGAUGGCACUGUUAAAAUGUGGGACAGCAGAGUACCAAAUUGUGUUGGGACAUAUAAUCAAGGAAAUGAAAGGGUCUACACCAUGAGCAUAGUUGGCGAGAAGUUUGUAGUGGGCACAUCUGGCCGCAAGAUCUUCGUGUGGGAUGUCCGUAACAUGGGGCAUGUGAACCAGCGACGUGAGUCCUCGCUGAAAUAUCAGACAAGAUGCAUCCGAGUCUUCCCCAACAAACAGGGUUACGUUCUAAGUUCUAUCGAGGGUCGUGUGGCGGUGGAAUACCUGGAUAGCAAUCCAGAGGUCCAGAAAAAGAAAUAUGCCUUCAAAUGUCACCGGAUCAAGGAUGGAGGUUUAGAAAAGAUUUACCCAGUUAAUGCCAUCAGCUUCCACUCCGUGUACAACACAUUCGCGACCGGUGGCUCUGACGGAUAUGUUAACAUCUGGGACGGCUUCAACAAGAAGAGGCUCUGUCAGUUCCACAGAUACAACACGGCUGUGUUCCUCUCAUUCUCGGCGGACGGGUCCGCGCUGGCCAUCGCGUGCUCGCAGCUGGACGAGUCGCAGCAGGAGGACCCCAAGCCCGAGGACACCAUCUACAUCCGAUACGUCACCGACCAGGAGACCAAGCCCAAAUGAGAAGGAUUACUGUAGCCCGCCCCGAUAGUCUAUUGUUUCAGAUUUUCUACUCUUCGUCAAUUGUUUUCUAUCGACCUCGGUUGAUACGUUCUGUCAUACCAUUUACAUCAGGUGUAGCGUUAAAAUUACUUAAGUUUCUAUAAAGAUGACUCCCUUUCCCUCCCAAAACAAAUUUAUUAAUGUAAAUAAUCACGAGAUUACUCGUUAUUAAUUACAUAAAAUUAAAAACUAUAAACCGUAGCCCGGCUCGGUCUAGCAUGAACAUUCGUUACAAAAAAGAUGUCCGAAUGGGAAGAAUUCUUAAAUAGGUUUCUUAACCUGUAAUUUGACUAGGUAUGUUCUGAAUACCGGACAUAUUUUACUAUCGGGCAGUAGAAAAAAUGUGUUAAGUUAGCUAUUAUUUACUAUAAGUGACGAAUAAAUUUAAGUUUCAUAAU